UCAGGAGGGAGGCGGAGGAGGAGGAGGAAAGCUGUGCGCAUGUGCAGCCCACCUGUGCAACGUGGAGGGGGAAAAUGCCUAAGAAGCAGGGAGAGCGCGUGGGCGUAGCUCAGGAGAUAGACACCCUGGAGGAGAAGCUGUCCCAGUGCAGAGAGGACUUGGAAGAGUUGGAUUUUAAGCUACGGAGAGAAGAACUGACUCCUGAGGGAAGAAAGUCACUGGAAAGAGAGAGAGAUCUGCUAGCAACCAAAGCUGAAAAUUAUGAGAAAGAACUGAAAGCGCUUCGCCAUGAAAACCGCAAGAACGCAGCCCUCUCAGUGGCCCUCGUGCUGCUGCUUGUCGUUAUUUACACUUGCUGGACGAUGUAGCAGCUUUUGCCGAGAUCCCCUCAUGCCGUGACUGUGAUAACCUCUUCUUUCCCUCACCAGACUAUCACGAGGGCGUGAUCGGCUUUCCAAGCCAGUGCUCUCAAGACACCUCCAAAUCAUAAUGGCCUCAGCAGUCCCUGCUGUUGAAGUCUGAGGAAAAUUAGCACAGCAGAAGCUAUUUUGGAGAAGAGGCUGAAGUAUGGUUGGAGCCGUCCCAUUAUUCUGUGGUGAAUAAUCAGUAAUGCUGCCAUUUCCUGUUCUUAAGAAGCCACCUGUGUGUAAUCGGUCCCUCAGAUUGUUUCAGUAGCUCAAGCAUUUUGAAAAUGAAACCUUUGCCACUACAAAGCUUUUCUCCCAGUCCCCCCAUUCAAUAGACACCAAGCCCUCCCUCUCUUUAUUUCCAAGGUCCUCAAUGCCUUCCUCUCCCACUGAGGAGCAUAGGUGGAGCAUCUGGGAAUAGUACAGGGCAGAAUAAUUUCCUGGGGUUGGCAAAGGGCAAAUAAACUAAUUCCACAAUUUGAAUAAAUACCAUCUUCCGCUUGGAAGAGGGUCUAUCUUCUGC